AGGGGAAUGAGAGAGCGAGGGAGUGUUGAGUCCAUCAGUGACGGAGUCUCUGUGUUUGAAAGAAAGGGAGAGGGAGGGAGAGAUUUCCCAGCACAGUUUGACCGCCGUCUCGUCGUCCCUCCUGCUAUACGAGAGUUACAGCUCCGACACUUCCAGCGUUCACAGAGGAUUUUUUAACCCGGGCACGAGGGGGAUCUGACGGCCGGACUCCUCGCGGUCGACUCGGUCUGCUGGAGAUGAGCGUGGAAAUGAACGGCCGCGCCCUGCCGCCCGUGAUACCUGAGGAUGGCGAAGCCCCGGACCACGUCCUUCACAGAGAGAUGAACGGCUACCACCAGAGGCUUCAGGCCGCGGACGGGGGAGAGGCUGAGGUCCCGGUGUCCAAGUCCCAGAGGCGGAAGAGUGACGUCAAAGUCUAUAAAGAGUUUUGUGACUUUUACGCUCGCUUCAACAUGGCCAACGCCCUGGCCAACGCCAUGUGCGAGCGCUGCAAGAGCCGCUUCGCCCCGGCCGAAAAGAUAGUGAACAGCAACGGGGAGCUUUACCACGAGCAGUGCUUCGUGUGCGCGCAGUGUUUCCAGCAGUUCCCAGAGGGACUCUUCUAUGAGUUCGAAGGCAGGAAGUACUGCGAACAUGACUUCCAGAUGCUGUUCGCUCCUUGUUGCCAUCAGUGUGGUGAGUUCAUCAUCGGCCGCGUGAUCAAGGCGAUGAACAACAGCUGGCACCCUGAGUGUUUCUGCUGCAACCUUUGCCAGGCGGUGCUCGCAGACGUUGGAUUUGUCAAAAACGCCGGACGGCACUUGUGUCGUCCUUGUCACAACAAGGAGAAAGCCCGCGGACUGGGAAAAUACGUCUGCCAGAAGUGUCACGCCAUCAUCGAGGAGCAGCCGCUUCUGUUCAAGAACGAUCCCUAUCACCCGGAUCACUUCAACUGCAACAACUGCGGCAAGGAGCUGACGGCUGAUGCCAGGGAGCUGAAAGGGGAGCUCUACUGUCUGCCCUGUCAUGACAAGAUGGGGGUCCCAAUCUGCGGCGCCUGCAGGAGACCCAUCGAGGGCCGUGUGGUCAACGCCAUGGGAAAGCAGUGGCACGUCGAGCAUCAUGUGUGUACUGUGUGUGAGCGCCCGUUUCAGGGCCACCCGUAUUACGAACGAGGUGGCCGGGCCUAUUGUGAGAGACACUUUGAUAUGCUGUUCGGAGACGUUUGCUACCACUGCAAUCGUGUUAUCGAGGGAGACGUGGUGUCUGCCCUCAAUAAGGCCUGGUGUGUCAACUGCUUCGCCUGCUCCACCUGCAACACCAAGCUCACUCUCAAGAACAAGUUUGUGGAGUUCGACAUGAAACCGGUGUGCAAGAAGUGCUACGAGAAGUUCCCCCUGGAGCUCAAAAAGAGGCUGAAGAAGCUGUCCGAAGCUGCAGCGCGGAAGUGAGCGGACGGUUAAUCAGCCGAAGGAGCCGAGACCCUGAGACGGCCACGCCUUUCUCAUCACCGUUCAAGUGUCUUUCUGCUUAAAUUCUGCAUUUUAUAUAUAUUUUUAUAUAUUUGCUUGUCUCACUGCUACAUUUCUGGUACACGUUCGAUAUUUUAUAAGCUUUAAGAGAUGUGGAAAUAAUGACUGAGAAGCUGUGCUGGCAGGUUGUUUAAUCUGUUAUGCGAAGCUAAAGUUAUCUCCUGUUUGAAUAAAAAUACUGAUGCCUUUUCAUAAUGAUGGCAUAAACGCAACACGGGAUAAAAAAAAUGUUUUAAUAAAAGUAAACACGCAAAACCAACACUGAUGUUAUAGGCUUCAUACUAUUAUUUAUUAUUUUAGGUUUAAGAAACAUGUAUUUAGCUUGAGAAGUAAAAUUGACCUUUUUUUUUUUUUUUUUUUAGAUUUUGUGCACCAAAUUAAGAUUUUGUACGACAUGCGUCUAGGAAUGAACUCAGUAUUCUGGAUUGUGUGUUAAAGUAUUUACUGUUUAUAUAUAUCAGCAGAUAUAAUCUGGGACUUUGUCAACAGCUUUAAGAUUAAAAUUCACAAUAAAAUGGUAAUAGCUGUAAUUAUAAAAUAAACUUAGAAUUAUUCUGUCAAUUUAUAAAUUAAUUAGCAAUGUUUUAAUAAGUCGUUGAUACUUUACUCAUUAAGAAUUUAUUGCUUUUUAAAUUUUUUACUAAACGGUGCUUACUUUUUUUUUAUUAUUAAGGAUCAUUAAAAGUAAGUAACAGUAAAGCAAUUGUUGUCAGGCAAUGAAAAAUAUUUUAAAAUGUAUUUUUUUUUACCCAUUUCUAUUUAGUUAAUACAUAGAGACUAAAGCAGAAACAUGUUCCUGUGCGGUCCACUCCAACAUUUGAACUUCUGCUUUGAAAAAUCAGUUCUGCUGUGCAACACAAUUUUUAAAACAAGUGCUAAACACGUUAAGUGCCACUGUGACAGCGUUUAAUUCCCCGUGUACGUGUUGUGUGCAGAGACCGGAUGCGAGAGUCAUGUUCAAUGUGAAGACUGUUGGCCUCUGUUGACUGUAAAUCCAGGAAAAGUGAUCCUCUUAAAAGGAGUGUACCAACUUCCCCGGAGCUCAGACUCUUGUUGGAAAAGAACGCAACUCUUUUGCGCUGUAUUUGAUCUCGCAACCCUCGCCGUUUCCGUUUCAGUUCGAUGGAAAAAGAAACACAUUCCACAGUUGUGCCAAGAAAAAAGAAAAAAAAGUUUCUGUUUUACGUUUCUGUUUCAUGCAACAUUUCUUUUGCAGAAGCACCCGGUGGACUGGUUGUCGCUAGGCAGAACUUCAGCAGCACUAUAAAUACUCCAGGGUGUAGCUUUAUUUGACAUGUUACAACAUGUGUCAAAUAGAUUAUGAUAUAUAGGAAGACGCCCUCGUUGUACUUUAUUUUCCCUCAAGCCUUUUUUUUUUUUUUACUAUGGUCAACACACCAAAGUGCAUGCUUUAUACUUUGCUUUAUUGCUGUCAUUCUGUCUGAAUAAACACGUUAUAUCCAAGCUUGAAA